CCAUCUUAGCUAUGAACAUGUCUUGGAUUUUAGUUCUUGUCGCUGCCUCGUACACCCAGAGUGUGUACUGCAGUUACUACCACGGACCCACCGCCAAGCCUGUCGUCCUCCACAACGGCUACCUGGCAGACACCCAUGAGGUAGCAGCAGCCAAGAACGCUCAUCUCGCCGCUCUAGCCAAGGAAUCUCACUACGGAGGAGAAUCAGGUUACGGUCACGGCCAGGAAUACAGUGGUUCUUACAGGUAUGACGGUCAUGAUGGAGAGAUCAGGUACCACGGACCCACAGCCAUCCCACACGUCCUACAUAACGGACACAUCUCAGACACUCACGAGGUGGCCGCUGCUAAGGCUGAGCAUUUCGCCGCUGUAGCCAAGGUCAAGACUCACGGGGGCUACGGUGACCACUACAGUGGCAGAUACGUCUCAGACUACGACCAUGGACACUCCCAUCAUGUGGUGCCUUACCAUGGACCCCUCGCCAAGCCCGUGGUGCUUAAGUCCGGAUACCUGGCAGACACUCACGAGGUCGCUUCCGCCAGGGAUCAUCAUCUGCAGGCUGUGACUCGAUCCAGUUAUCAUGGGAGCAACGAUUAUCCCUGAAUGAUUUUAGCUAUCUGUCAAUAAAUUUUUUUCACAAUUUGCAAAUUCCUAUUACUCGCCAUUCGACCACAAAGGGUUGAUUAUUGCUAUCACCUAUAAUUAUCAUUAUAUUCGGUCAAAAGAUUGUAGAGGAAAAAUUAAACAUGUUAAGUACUCAUUGUCCUUAGUUGUUCCAUAUUAUGUUUGAUCAUAAUACAGUAACUCAUGUAUAUUCUACCACUUUCU